GCAGCGUUAGUUGCCACAGUAACAGCGCUGCUUCUAAUAGUGUAGAAAGUUCUUUCCAGCCAAAUCAACAUGAAAUUCCUUUUAAUUGGCUGCAUUGCUAUUGCCAGCUUGGCAGUCACAGCAGCGCAAUGGGGUUGGAACUCGGGUGCACCACUGCUAGGACUCUCUGCGCAGGACUUUGGCAAUGCAUAUGGACAGCCAAGUGAACUGGAACAGCAGCUUGCAUUUGUUGAAGAAUCUGUGCAGCAGCAGUCUGCACUUGUUGAUGGCGCUGUUGAGCAGCAGCCCGGAUUUGAAGGCGGCUUUGGACAACAGCUGGGAUUUGAUGCUGGACUUGAGCAGCAGUCCACAUUUGGUGACGGUUUCGGACAGCAGCCAGCUGGCUUUAUGAGAUUUGGUCUCAAUCCACAACAAGGGCCAGAAGACUUUGAAGAUUUAGAAUGGUAGCGCUCAAGUAAAUAAAAAAAAU